AUCGGCAAAUGAUCCAGGAACAUAAGGAGAGGCGAUCUCUAUAUAGUAGACUCUGUGGUCAAUAACGAUUCUUGCAGCAAAUCUGUCGCUUUUAUUAGGGAAGUUUCUUACGGCUCCAACCAGAAAAAAGGGUGUACUCUCCUUUCAUUUCGUAGAGGAAACUCUAUUUUAUAAACGGAAAGAAUGUAAUGAAAGAGAUAAUUGUGUCAACACUCUUAUAGACUGUCAGAUACAAUUGCUGUCGGGAAUGCAAACACCAUGCUUACCAGUUCUAUUCUGUUUUUUGUUUUUACUAUGGAUUCAUCAUCUAUCAAACUGCAGCAUUAAUAGACUUUUCUUCAAAAAUAAACCAGGAAUUCAUGUUACAGUUAACGUAGGCAGCAAUAUCAAAUGUAUGAAAAAUCUAGGGUGUUUUGGAAAUGGACCACCAUUUUUCCAUCCCAUCAAUCGCCCGAUCAGUUUUCUACCCAAAAACAGAGAAUUGAUACCUACCAUAUUCUCAUUAUACACUCCAUUAAAUCGGGACCAUAGAGAAAUCCUGAAGGCCGAUCAUCAGGAAACCAUUGAGAAGUCCAAUUAUAAUCCAAGAUGGCCAACUAAAAUGAUUGUCCACGGUUUUAUGGAUAAUUCCUUUUUUACGUCUUGGAUGCAGAGAAUGAAAGAUGAAUUUCUCAGCAAUGGUGACUUCAAUGUUAUUUUAGUAGAUUGGCCCUUAGGUUCUUUUUUAUUCUUCCGUCAAGCGGUGGCCAACUGCCAAGUAGUGGGUGCAGAGAUAGCAUUCCUCAUUCGACGUCUGCAAGAAAUCAAUGGCGUUCGACCAGAAUCAUUUCAUAUUUUAGGACACAGCUUAGGCGCUCACAUUGCAGGAUAUGCCGGCAAAAGGAUAAAAAGUUUGGGAAGGAUAACAGGCUUGGAUGUUGGUGCCCCUUAUUUUCGAGAUGUUUCUUCUGAAGUACGUUUAGAUGCAAAGGAUGCCAUCUUAGUAGAUAAUAUUCAUACUAACGCUGGACAAUAUUUCAUACAAGGACUUGGCACAAGCGAAGCAGUUGGUCACUUGGACUUUUAUCCAAACGGAGGAAAUUAUAAUCCUGGAUGUAAAAUAUUCCCAAAGAUAAAAGCGAUUAAUUUAUAUGAUCUUUUCUUAAGUGUAAUUUUCUGCAAUCAUUUUCGGAGUUUCGAAUAUUUCAUCGCAUCCAUCAAGUAUCCUGACUGUUUCGUCGGUGUUCCCUGUGGUAAUUAUAACGAUUUUGUCAGUGGUAAAUGCGUGUGCUCUGAAGAUAAUCCAUGCUUUCCUAUGGGUUUGAACGUCGACAUGCAUAUUCGAAAGAACUUUUCACAAAUUUUGUACCUCAAGACCGGAAGCGAGUCCCCUUAUUGUCUGUUUCAAUAUCAAAUUGUCAUGGAAUUAGAAGGAUUAUCUAAAAAACUAGCAUAUAAUCAACAACUUCUCAUGACCAUUCAAGCUUUGAACCAGAGGAAGGAAUCCAUGCUUUUUUUGACAAAAGAUGGCCAUUUUCCAAAAUUCACUUACACCUUCCUUAUGACUCUCCAGACACGCUUGGAACGUGUUCAUCAUGUAUGGUUAAGUUGGCCAAAAGAACAUACGAAUAUCUUAAACAUAGGAAAGAACACAAAUUAUCUUCGAGUAAAAUAUUUCAUACUCACUCCAAUUACAAUAGGAAACAAAAGCUCUAAAGAAAAAUGGUGUGGAAGUGCAACCCACUUGUUUCCGGACCAAACCGCGCGAAUACCAAAAAUUAACUGCGAGGACAUUUAUGACUAAACUACGUAAUUUAUAUAAAUAUAUAGAAAUUAUAAAUUUUUAAUUCAAAUUUUAAAGAUUUUAUUCUAAAGA